AUGGAUAUGAAGUUAAUUGAUAAUAUAUGUGACAAUUUAAUUAGACAACCAAAAAGAUAUUAUAAAAUAGAUCAACUUAUACCAAAAGAAUUUUUCUACCAAUAUGAUUUCUAUAUUCGUGAGGAUUUCAUUGUAAGAAAUAAAUUUGGAAUUGCAUUAAAAUGUAGUCAUUAUAAACCACCAUAUCCAUGUUAUAAAAACAAUCAAACAUUUCCAUGUGUAAUAUAUUGUCAUGGAACAGGUGGAAAUCGAUUGGAAUGUUUAGAGAUAAUUAGAUUUCUUUUGCCUCUUAAUAUUACAGUGGUAUCAUUUGAUUUCAGUGGAUGUGGAAUGAGUGGAGGUAGAAACAACACCAGUGGGUAUAAUGAAAAAUAUGAUAUCGGUGCAGUAGUAAAGUAUAUCAAGGAGUGUGGACAUACAAGCUCGAUUGGACUCUGGGGAAGAACAGCUGGUGCAGUAGCUUCCAUUCUCUAUGCCAAAGAAGAUCCAACGAUCUCCUCUAUGAUUCUGGACACUCCGUUCUCCUCGCUGUCACAGUUGAUCGAAGAGAACUACAUAGCACCAAUGAAACUACCAAAGAUUGUAAGCACCCUUUACAUGCUUAUAAUCAAGAAUAAAAUUAAAAUGGCUGCACAUUUCAGUGUUAGUUCACUAGAUAUUGCGUCAGCCGCCCAAAAUAUAUAUAUUCCAGCUAUAUUUGUUCAUGACAAACAAGAUAAAUUUAUAUUGAACCAUCAUUCCGACCAAGUAGCAUUCAUUGAUGGUGAAAGAAGUCCAUCAUUUUAUAAUAGUGCUGCUCUAUUCUUUAGUAAUAUAUUAAAUCCACCACGCGAUAUUCAAUGUGUCUAUGAUGAAGACGAUAUUAGAUUGGUAACGAUUCCACUCGAGUAUAAUAACAAGAGUGAUAACAACAGUUACAACAAUCUUAAUACAACAGUAAUGAGAACAAUGAGUAGUAGUUGCUUUAGAUUACAACAACAACAAGAAGAUAUUAUUGUUCAUAACAACAAAGACAACAAAAUUAUAAUUGAUGACAACCAAGAACAAAAUUGUUUUGGCAAUAGGCUGAAUUCAAAACUUGCUCUAAAAACAAUAAAAGAAGAACAACUCUCGAUUGAUAUCAAAUGA